AUGUGUGCAUUAGUCCCUCCACUGGUCCCAAACUUUGGGUGGCCAUCAACGGGAGAGUACGAGAGCUACUACCUCGCCGGAGAGAGCCUCAACAACGGCACGUUUCUUGACUUUCCGUUAACGGAGACUUAUGGAGUGGCUCAUCAUCAGGAUAGUUUGGGGCUUUCUGUUUCGUCAGAGGGAAAUGGAAUAGACAACAAUCCGGUUGUGAUCAAGAAGCUCAAUCACAAUGCAAGCGAGCGUGACCGUCGCAAGAAAAUUAAUUCCAUGUUCUCAUCUCUCCGUUCAUGUCUUCCAGCCUCAGACCAAUCAAAGAAGCUAAGUAUUCCUCAGACGGUUUCAAGGAGCUUGAAGUACAUACCGGAGCUGCAAGAAGAAGUGAAGAAGCUAAUAAAAAAGAAGGAAGAACUCUUGGUGCGAGCAUCGGGUCAAAGAGACAUUGAGCAUAACGUUAAGCCGCAACCAAAGGCGGUCGCGAGUUAUGUCUCCACUGUUUCUGCGACUAGGCUUGGAGACAACGAAGUGAUGGUCCAAAUCUCAUCGUCCAAGAUUCAUAACUUUUCGAUAUCUAAUGUGCUAAGUGGGUUAGAAGAAGAUGGGUUUGUUCUUGUGGAUGUUUCAUCUUCAAGGUCUCACGGAGAAAGGCUUUUCUACACUUUGCAUCUUCAAAUGGACAAGGUUGAUGAUAAUUACAAGAUGAGUUGCGCAGAGAUAAGUCAGAGGAUGUUGUACUUGUAUGAGGAAUGUAGAAACUCGUUUAGAUGA